CUAGCCUGCUCGGCCCGGCCGGGGGAGGGGUCGCGGCAGCAGCGCCGUCAGCGGCACCCGGGCGCUGGGAGCUUCAGGCUCCGGAGCAAAGAUGGCGGCACGGGUGCUGCUCGCGCGAGGAGGCCUCCUGCGGCCAGCCGCCCCUGGCAGCUUCCUGCCCGGGCUCCGAAGAGUGACGUCCUCAAGUCACAGAGCUCGGGAAGACAGCUGGCUCAAGUCCUUGUUUGUCAGGAAGGUGGAUCCGAGGAAAGAUGCGCACUCCAACCUCCUGGCCAAGAAGGAGACUAGCAGUCUGUACAAGUUACAGUUUCACAACGUUAAGCCGGAAUGCCUAGACGCAUACAACAAAAUUUGUCAAGAAGUAUUACCAAAGAUCCAUGAGGGCAAGCAGUACCCUUGUACCUUGGUGGGGACGUGGAACACGUGGUAUGGCGAGCAGGAUCAAGCCGUCCACCUCUGGAGGUACGAAGGAGGCUAUCCAGCCCUCACGGAGGUCAUGAAUAAGCUCAAAGAAAACCAGGAGUUUGUGAAUUUCCGUAAAGCCAGAAGCGACAUGCUUCUCUCCAGGAGAAAUCAGCUGCUGUUGGAGUUCAGUUUCUGGAAUGAGCCCGUGCCGAGAUCAGGACCCAAUAUAUACGAGCUCAGAUCCUACCAACUCCGACCAGGAACAAUGAUUGAAUGGGGCAAUUACUGGGCCCGUGCCAUCCGCUUUAGACAGGACAAUAAUGAGGCAGUUGGGGGAUUCUUCUCUCAAAUUGGGCAGCUAUAUAUGGUGCAUCAUCUUUGGGCUUAUAAAGAUCUCCAGACCAGGGAGGACAUACGGAACGCCGCGUGGCACAAGCACGGCUGGGAGGAGCUGGUGUACUACACGGGUAAGCUGCCAGAGACCCCGACACCUCCCGCUUCCAGUGUUAUUGUUAGAAACAGCUGGGAGGAGCUGGUGUACUACACGGUCCCUCUCAUUCAGGAAAUGGAGUCCAGAAUCAUGAUCCCGCUCAAGACCUCGCCCCUCCAGUGAAGCUUCCAUGUGCCUACACGGAUCUCCGUGACGAAUAUAUGUCAUGAAUUCAUUUCAACCGUUCAUCGAGUGAAAAAGAAACUGAGGUGUAAACUGCUGUACAUAGCUUAUAAAUCUCUUUUCUUUAAGAUUUGCAUAAUCACGAAGGGAAAUCGGGGUUUGACUAUGUGGAGCAUCGACCUGCCGCAUCUCUGCUUACCAAAUGUUACUUAAGCCUCCAGCCCCUCAGGAAAAUAUGAUAGCCGGGGGUGGUAGUUUGGCAUUCAGGGAGCUGAGGCAGGAAAACUACAGUAAGUCCUAGGUCAAUCUGGGCUACAUAGAAAGUUUCAGACCAGCUUGGACCCCUGGGCUUGCAUAGUGAGACCCUGUCUCUAAAACCAAAAUUCAAAUUCAAAUCAUCUCUGAGGAAAAUUCCAGCUCUGAAAAAGAAUUAGCUGUUGCUUUCUAUUUUCAAAAAUCUGUUUUAUGUUUACAGAUUUCUACAAAUUUCCUUCCUUCAGGAAGAAAUACAAAUUACAUCAUAUUUCCCAAGCAGUUUUUUGUUUCGUUUUGAACAAAUUAUGAGUGUACCCAAUGGCUGAAAAUGUUCUGAUUUUGUGACUCUUGGCCAGUCAGCAGGCUGAGCGGUGCGGGUGCUCACGGUGUACCUGACCAGAAAUGCCAGAAAUGCAGGCUCCACCAGGCACUGUGUCCGAAGGGCUUGGCACGAACCAGUGCACCACAUGCUAUUUGGGAGUAAACACCUCAAAUAGCUCUAAUUUUAUUUGUAAUAUUUUUCUAUGAAACAAGUAGCUCUUGGAAAAGAGGUUUUUAUUUUGUAAACCACCCUUUGUCACCUCUGACCUCUGGUUCUAUUUUGGUAAGCUUCCAAGAUCUUGUAUGAAGGGCAGGGCACGCUGGGUCUCAGUUGGCAUAAAGCUUCAUAUUCUGUCUGUCUCCGUUGGUUUUGUUUUUUAAUAUAGUGUGCCAAUUCUGUGACUGUAAUCAUGUGGAAGUCCCAUUGAACUGAAGAAUUAUGUCUGCCCUACAAAUUGAUAUGUAUAAAAUAAAGUAUGACUAAAACUCCUAUCAGAUGCCUAAUUUUUACAUGUGAAAGGUUUUCUCAAAGAACAUAGAAAAGUAAAUAAAAUCCUCUUAAUUUUCA